AUGGAUCGCCUUCAACAAGAGCUCUCGAGCACCGACCCAGAUGUGCCCUUCCGUGCGACUGACAAGCACGUUCACCACACCUGGGCUCGCACCUUUCAAUCCCGACCGGAGCUCUACCUCAAGCCUCGAACACUUCCUGAAAUCCAGAAGAUCGUCAACCUCGCGCGGAAAUGUCGAAAACGAGUGGUUGUAGUAGGAUGCGGGCAUUCACCGAGCGACUUGACAUGCUCUUCGUCAUGGAUGAUCAAUUUGGAUGACUUUGGAAGAGUGGUGAGGGUGGACCAAUCGAAGAAGACGGUGACUGUUGAGGGAGGAAUCAGGCUGCAAAAGCUCAACGAAGAGGCGAAUCGUCAUGGUCUCACCAUGCGCAAUUUGGGCAGUAUCGAUGAGCAGAGCAUCGCAGGAGCUAUCGCAACAGCGACGCACGGGUCGAGCUUGAGACAUGGCUUGCUGAGCGAGAGCGUGCGAUCUCUGCGCCUAGUCCUGGCGAACGGACAGGCAGUUCGAUGCUCGAAAGAGCAAAAUGAGGAUUUGUUCAGAGCCGCGUUGAUCAGCCUGGGCGCAUUGGGUAUCAUUGUGGAAGUGGAGUUUGAGAUGAUUGAAGCGGGCAAGAUUGAGUGGGAGCAAGAACUCGUGUCGCUGAGACAUGUUCUGGACACCUGGGAUACGACUCUCUGGACACAGAAAGAAUACACGCGAGUGUGGUGGAUGCCAUACAUGAAGCGGGCGAUCGUUUGGUCAGCGGACAAGACAAGCAAACCUCUGCGGCCCCCGAAGGAGACAUGGUACGGUGGGUCAGUGGGCUUUCACACAUACCACAACUUGCUCUGGCUGUCGAAUUACGUACCCUGGAUACUGCCCACUGUUGAGUGGUUUGUCUUCGGUAUGCAGUACGGCUUCUCUGUCGGCAACAAGACGUCUGCGGUUGAAGAGCUACGGACAGGACUGCUGAUGAACUGCCUAUACUCACAAUUCGUCAACGAGUGGGCGCUGCCACUCACCAAGGGCCCUGAAGCCAUUAAUCGGCUUUCAGCCUGGAUCAACGGUGAAGCUGGUGGAGGCGGCAUUCCGUUCAGCUCCAAAGGGCUUUACGUUCACUGCCCGAUCGAAGUCCGUGUGAGUGACACUUCUGACACCGUUUGUCGCCCGUACUUGGACAACACCUAUUCCGAUGGCCCUACACUGUACCUCAACGCCACACUCUACAGAGCCUACCUUCAGGACCCGCCUUGCCGAGCACGGUAUUACGAGGCGUUCGAGUGGUUGAUGCAAGACAUGGGCGCAAAGCCGCACUACGCGAAGAACUUUGCGUAUGUGUCUAGCGAUUAUUUGAAAGAGAAGCUUGGCGACGGCCUGGAGCAAUGGCUUAAAGUCCGCAAUGAAGCAGAUCCUGAUGGUAUGUUCCUUGGCGAGUGGCAUCGCAGGAAUCUCAGCGCGAGUCUCGGGCCUGUGCGAUUCGCUUUGGAAGAACGCGAGAUCGCACGUACCAAAGCCCGUGACGGCGGACAGCUUUGGGUGGGAGAGGUGGCGAGCAGUGUCGGCGUGCCUGAGACGUUCAACCAGACUCCGCUCGUAUUGACCGAGAAGGAUGGGAAGGGCAGUCCUGGAGCCAGCUCAAGCACGAGUAGCUUCGACUUCAUGCAUGGUGCUGAGGCUCAGAGUACCCUGUGGACUGGGAGCGAGGUGCUCGAUGACGACGAUGAUACUGAGGGAGAAGGGCCAAGGUACCAUGGGAACCCGAAGAAGACGUUCACGGGUACGGCGGUCUUCGAUAAAAUGUGA